AUGGAAGCAACAAAAAUGAAACCUAUUGAAUUUUUGGUUCAAGCGGUGUCCGCUGUAAUUGUGAGUUGCAUGGCGAUACAAACUGGCUUUGUCAUGGCAUGGCCUUCGUACAACGUGGCGAACUUUCUGUCCAACCAAACAGUGUUGGGGAUACCAAUGUCUUCGUUAGAAAUCUCACUGUUGGGCGGUUUGCCCAACCUUGGCGGAUUGCUGUCCAUGCCACUCUGUGGAUGGGCCUUUAAUACUAUUGGAAGAAAAUAUGGAACUAUGCUUUUUGUCCUACCAUUUAUUAUAUCAUGGGCAAUCAUUUCAUUAACAAACAACCACCUAUUGAUUUUAAUAGCAGUUACGAUUGCUGGCGCUGGUGUUGCCGGUCAGAAUGUUUCUAAUAUCUUUUUAUCUGAGAUAGCACAUACUUCUAUAAGAGGUGCAAUGGUUGCCAGUACAUCAUGUGGAUAUCUCCUAGGUAUUUUGAUAUCAUUUACUAUGGGUGGGUACCUGGGGUAUAUGACGAUAGUGUUGGUUCAUUUGACCACGUCAGUGCUGACGAUGUUGGUGCUUGCUUUUCUACCAGAAUCACCCGUGUUCCUGCUACUGGUUGGAAAAGAAGAGGAAGCAGCAAAGUCAUUAGCUUUCUAUAGACAAUUGGAUGCCAAAUCAAAAGAAGUAGCAGCUGAGAUAAUUAACAUUAAACUGACAAUAAACCCAAAAUUAGAGAAGAUGCUUUCAGUUGAAGACCAAUGUGAAAAGGAUCCUGAAACAGCAGAUCAAUUAUUGGAAAAGCAAGAAAUAGACGAUGAAAAGGAAGAUAUAUCCGCCUGGAAACAGUUAUUAAAAUCUAAAUCCUCGCAGAGUAUCCUCACUAUAAUUCUGAUUGUCACAGCCGUCACUAUUUUAAUGGGCGGUAUUGUAUUACAAGUUUAUGCUGAACCGUUAUUUUCUGAAGCAGUACCAACCAUGUCAGCUAAUCAGUGUGCCAUCUUUGUUGCUCUAGACUCUUUGGUCGCAACUGUGUUGUGCGUAACUAUGAUUGAUAAAUUUGGCAGAAAGUCCCUCAUACUGACAACGUCAAUUGGAGCAGGCAUAUGCGCAGGCCUCCUGGGCUCUCAGUUGCAGUUUCACUGGGCUCCUCACUGGUUUACAGUUGUACUCAUAUACGGGUACGGUUUCAUGUUUACCGCUGGUUGUGCUGUGUUGCCUUCUGUGUUGGCAUCCGAAGUGUUUCUACCAGAGGUACGAAGUCUUUGCAACAGCUUUUGCUAUUCCUUCGUGUGGAUCUUCAAUUUCAUUACUCUUUUCGUCUUUCAUCCGUUGGUUGAGUCCCUUGGGCUCGGUCCAGUUUUCUAUAUAUUUUUCUUUAUGUGUUUUGCUGGAUCCCUGUUUAUUUAUAUUUAUGUACCCGAAACUAAAGGUUUAUCAGUUGAUGCUAUCCAGGAAGCAUUCUCAAAGCAAGGAUUCAGAAAGAGAAAGUAA